AUGCUUGUCACAGCGCUCACGAAGCUUCUCGACAUCCGAGUCCCUGUCGUACAGGGUGGCAUGCAAUGGGUCGGCGUGCCGCAGCUGGCAGCAGCUGUCUCUAACGCAGGCGGCCUCGGUAUCUUGACUGCGCUCACGCAACCCGACCCGCAAGCACUGCGCCUCGCCAUCCGUGAGACCCGCAAGCGGACGUCCAACAACUUCGGCGUGAAUAUCACCCUGCUGCCCACCAUCAACCCCCCGGACUAUGAGGGCUACGCGCGCGCUGCAGUCGCGGAGGGCGUGAGGAUCUUUGAGACCGCAGGCAACAACCCGGGGCCAUUGAUCAAGUUCUUCAAGUCCCAGGGGUGCGUUGUCAUCCACAAAUGCACUACGAUACGGCAUGCGCAGUCUGCAAUCCGUCUUGGAGUCGAUAUGUUGAGCAUCGACGGCUUCGAAUGUGCCGGACAUCCCGGAGAGCAGGACAUCGGCGGUCUCGUGCUCCUGGCACGGGCGGCGCAAGAGUUGAAGAUUCCGUACAUUGCGUCCGGAGGAAUUGCCGAUGGGCGUGGCUUGGCUGCCGCACUCGCAUUGGGGGCCUGUGGCGUGAACAUGGGAACGCGCUUCAUGUGCACGGUGGAAAGCCCGAUCCACCAAAACAUCAAGGACGCGAUCGUCGACGCGACCGAGACGGAUACGGUGCACAUCUUCCGCACGCUACACAACACCGCGCGCGUCUUCCGAAACCGCGUCUCGGAGGAGGUCGUCGCAAUCGAGCGGCGCCCCGGCGGCGCGCGCUUCGAGGACGUGCGCGAGCUCGUCUCUGGUGCACGUGGGCGUCAGGUAUUCGAGCGUGGCGACCCCGACUUCGGCAUCUGGACCGCGGGCGUCGUGAUCGGCCUGAUCCACGACUGCCCCUCAUGCGAGGAGCUGAUCGCACGCAUUGAGCGUGAGGCGGAAGACGUCAUUGAUGGGAUGGCCAAGUUGCGCGUGCCAGAGGCCCAGGCGAAGCUAUGA